AUGGCUGUAAAUACACGGAAAAAGUAUCGAUAUCCGGGUUAUGGUGUUACGACAUCCCGUAUAACCCGGAGCUUACUCAUCGCUCUCUUGUCAACAUCGCGAGACAGUGUGCAGGACGUACGUAGGACCAUGUCGUUUGAUGAGGCUCGCAAGAUGUUCGAAGCAGGGUCCGAGCAGCAAGCGAAAUCUGAUACACAAAGGUUGAGCACGUCCGAGUCACAAAGUCCGCGCUCUGUACUCAAGCAGCACAUUAAGCAACACCAGGCUAUGGCUGGAAAUGGAAAGCCAAAGAUUAUAAAAGUGAAACCCGAGGGUCUUAUGAUGGCGUCUGGGAACAACACUUUUGGGUUAGCAAAACGAACACCACCAGAGAAAAAGAUCACUCACAAAGACAACGUGUGUCUUCAUCAACUUGGGAAGGAGGACAAGGAAAAGGUUGCCAGUAUUGCUGCAAUGGCCGCAUCUGGAGCAUUGAAGCGAGACAAAACGAAGGAGACACCGGUUGCUGUUAAUAACAAUGAGACAACGAGCUCAUCUGUAUCUUCGUUACUAAAACGUUUUCAACAAAAUAGUGAUGCAAGCGUUUUGCCUCAACAGACGAGUGAACAUUGCACCGUUGAAGCGAACAGAGGAAACGGCUUGUCUGGAAGUCCACCUGAAAAGCCGGUUGUUGUUUCACAGUCUGCCAAUGAAAGCGGUAGACAUUCAGGUACUUUCAAACGACCGGAAAAGCCCGCUGUUCCUGAAAAGCCCGCUGUUCCUGAAAAACCCGCUGUUCCUGAAAAACCGGUUCUUUCUGUUUCUCCGAGAAUAAACAAGCCGGUAUGUCCACCAAAACCUAUAGUUGUGCGCUCUCUUGGAUCUGACCCUAUUGACUUUAUAAAUGUUAAUAAAAAGCAGAAGCCUAAAGUUGGCAGUUUGGGAAGUGCUGUUUCUCCAAAGCAUCAUUCCCUGUCUCCUCCCACGUCAUCGUCAUCACAUUCAGCUGUCGUAUUGAAACCUAACUAUUUGCCUCCUCUUCCUCCUUCUGACAAGACUUUAUCACUACAACGACAGUCAAAAGGCGAUGCUGUCUUAGAAGCACCGGUUGUACAGUUAAGACCGAGAUCUGGAAGUGUUCCGGUAGAUAUAGAUCCUGAUGGUGCUGAUCCACCCGAGUUAGAGCAACUACAUCGACGAACGAUGAUCGAUGAUCAAAGUCCUGAAUUGUCACCUAAGUCGCCACUCAGACCAGUGGCCAACAGCUUUAACGAUGACUCAUUCAGUGAUUCGAGUAGUGAAGAAAGUGAUCAAGCUCAGGGUAAUAAUGAUGCAUACAUGAAUAUGGUUUUUGAUACGAAGGCGAGCAGUCGGCCCGAAAGUGUGUCGUCAGAAGGCACAUGCCAGACGGAGGAAGAGAAACGGAAAGCAAAGCUGUUUAAGAUUGCUGAAGAAAUUCUGUUAACCGAAAGAACGUAUGUAGGCAGCCUGAAGCUUUUGGUUGAGGGUUUUCGUGGGGCAAUACUGGAUGCGAACAAGGCUUCAACGAGACCAAUCAUUCCAGACACUGAAAUAGUUCGAAUAUUCUCUCAUCUUCCCGAGAUCUACCAACUGAAUUCCAAUCUCUUGUCGGAACUAGAAACGAGGAUUGCCAACUGGACUGAGAUUGAGCGAAUCGGAGACAUUCUGCUACAUUUUGCUCCAUUUCUAAGAAUGUAUGCUACAUACACAGCACAGUUUGAAGAGUGCGUCAAGACACUAACUCAUUGGAAUAAGAAAGAGGAACGUUUCCAGCGACUUGUCAGGGACUUUGAGGCUUCACCUGAAUGUCGACACUUGGCCAUCUCACAUUACAUGCUUGAGCCUGUGCAGAGGAUACCACGAUACAAAUUGCUAUUGGAAGAUUACCUAAAACGACUUCCUGAGGAUGCUGAAGAUCGUCCUGAUGCUGAAAAAGCGUUGAAGGUUAUUUCGGAGGCUGCUACUCAUGCUAAUCAACGAAUGAAACAACUGGAGUCAUUUCAGAAGUUGAUGACCGUACAAGAAAGGCUUGCAGAUGGCGUGGACUUGGUUGCACCAGGACGUACAUUUUUAAAGGAAGGUUAUCUCAACAAAGUGUCAAGGAGAGGAUAUGAUCGGAGAAUGUUCUUUCUUUUUAAUGAUUUGUUGAUACAAUGCUCGGUAGCCACUGGGAGUUUUAAACUACGACGCAAACAAGAGCUCGAUGGGAUGAGGGUUGAUAUUCCUAGUGUAACAGACGUACCAAAUGCAUUCAAUGUGAUCUCAACACAGCAGAAAUCAUUCAUGGUGUCUGCAUCAACUCCAGAAGAGAGGGACGAAUGGGUCAAAGUGCUGUCUACAGCUAUCAAAGAGCAGGGUAGGAAACUCAAUUCGCUGAAGAGGCAGUCGUCGCAGAUGAUAGAGUCGGUAGAAGAAAUCGGUGCCCAAGCUCCCGUCUGGCUGCCGGACAGUAGCGCAACCAUGUGUAUGGAGUGUGGCCGUCACUUCACACCACUUCGACGGCGACAUCACUGUAGAGGGUGUGGCAGGAUUCUCUGUUCAGAUUGUUCACGAAAUAAGGCAUACUUGAAGUUCAUGAAGCGAGAUGACCGAGUUUGUGAUCUCUGUUAUUUCAAGCUAAAUCAUGGUGUGUGGCCACAACACGUGAUGGACAAACAGGUUGAUUCGUUGUCGUCACAGAAGGAGAAGGGAGUUAGAGAUAUUAAAGCCCACACUGAAGGUGCUCAGAAAAUCGGAUAUGCAUAUUGUCGGAAGGGACUGAGAGGAGGAUGGACGCGGCAGUGGUUGCAGCUGAAGGAUUUGGCUUUGUAUUUCUUUAAAGCACACGAGGAUGUUAAGGCAUUUGACAGCAAGCCCCUGCCGGGGUAUUCCAUUACAGAGGCUCCCAAGAAUGAAGCACGGGACAAAGACCUAGUCAUCAAGGUAUCUCAUAUGACUCUCAAGGCUGACUUGCUCUAUCUGAGUCUCGAUUCGGAGGACGAGUACUCAAGCUGGAUGGAUGCUCUUUCGAAGGCAACGAGAGGAGAAAUGGAAUGAACCCAUCAUCACAACAAUCGAUUCUUGUCUCUAUUCGUACAUAUAACCUCAUCAAUUUGUGUUACAUUUUCAUCGAUCGGAGGUAACUAAAUGUGUUCAAGCAUAUUAUAACGAGUUGCCAGUGUCACUAGUGAUUCAUUGAUUGACUCUAAUGCAAAGGCGUGUCAGCCUUUUCUAUGUACGUUUUCUCAAAUUUGUUUAAUUAAAUUGCCUCUUGGCGACUCACUGACUAACACAUGAGCUACUCGCUAUUAGUCACCAUCUCAUGCUGAUCGAGUUGUUUGUCGUUAGUGAUACUGUGUGUGGCAUUAAUCAGACUGAGUUGUUACUACCUAAGUGUGGUGUACACAUAUUUGUUUACUGAAGGGUAAACACAGCUUGGCAAUGCCUUGUAAUGCUGUGGAUGGUGUGAGCUUUAUGAGGCAUUGGUUGUCUACAGUCAUAAUAUUGUUAAGUAGUCACUAAGGCAAUAUUGGAUUGGAGACUAUGUGAGUCUGUCUGUCCCGGUUGGGGCGGUGUGGUGUAAGCAAUUGUUAGCAAGGUGUUUGUGCUCAUAAGUGAGUAUCAUACCUCUUUCUCAAUUUUGGUCGUGCCCACCUGUGUGUUUCUCUCUGUCUCGGUGUGUGUGUGUGUGUGUGUG